CGUUCUCCACUUCCGUUCACCAAAAGUUAUAAAGAAUAAAAGUCGAUAAGAGCGUAGAGUAUCUGUCGGUAUUAAAAUAUAAGCUCGUAGGAGGACCAACAACCCCUAAAGGAAUACCGGAAGUGAAUCUGGUUCGACGAAUAGAACUCUGAUGGGUAUACGAAAACGUGCCGGGAGGAGGUGAAAUUUUCGAAGGUAGUGGAGGAACGAACGAAGAAACGCAGGCGCUGAUGCGAUCAAUAAAUGGUCCUUCUACAGUCGAGGGCAAGAAAUCAGUAGCGUACGAGUACGCGAUCGACGAAGGUGGGUGAAUGCAUUUGUUGUCAGACGAGAGAAGUACGAAAACAACGGGCCACCACCUUCCGGUGCGUGCGGACGGUGUGGAAACGGGCUGCCAGGUAGUGAGGGUUGCAGACUAGGCGGCUCGUUCAGCAGCAUGCAACCACCACCUAGAAAAGGAAAUUAUGCAAAAUUUCUUAAAAAUGUACACACCGAACAAGCUGCAAAAUUGCAAGCGAAAAAUCAACAUGAAUGCGAUUUGCUGGAAGAUAUUCGUAAUUUUACAAUUAAAAAAUCCGCGAUUGAAAAGUCAUAUUCCGAGGCAUUGCUCAAGAUAUCUUCCGCAUAUUUGAAUAAAAAGAUACCAAACAUUCCGGAUCUCAAGGUUGAAGGAGUAGAAGAAAAAUGGAAUAUGUGGAAUGUAUGGAGAACGGUACUGGAAGAAAAUGAAAAACUUGCUAAGGCACGAUUAGCAGCUGUUGAAAUUUUUCAACAAAAAAUCGCCGACGAUGCGAAAAGUUUGAGAAUGCACAAAAUGCAAAUUUCGAAAAAGGCAAUCGACCAAUUAUUGAUAGUACAAAAAGAGUUACAAGCCUGUGUACAGGAUGUCGAUAAAACGAAAAAAUUGUACUUCGACGAGGAACACAGUGCUCAUGAUGUUCGAGAUAAAGCGAAAGAUAUAGAAGAAAAAUUAAAGAAAAAGAAGGGUUCCUUCUUCCAGUCAAUAACGUCACUGCAAAAAAAUAGUGCUAAGGUAAGCUCAAAACGCGAUGCUUUGGAAGAAAAAUCAACAGGAGCUCGCAAUGAUUAUUUACUUAGUCUCGCUGCUGCCAAUGCUCAUCAAAAUAGAUAUUUUGUAGUUGAUUUACAAUCUACUAUGCAAUAUUUGGAACAAGGCGUUUAUGAUAAAGUAGCUGAAUAUUUAACUCUUAUGGGUCGCACUGAACUUUUAACAUGCCUUGCAACGCAAAAUAGUUUUGGCAAAAUUCGCGAUCAAGCUCAACAGCUCACUAGGGAAUAUAAUAUACAAUGCUGCUGCCUAUAUUAUCCUGUAUUAAAGCAGCACAUACAAUAUGAAUUUGAAGCUUGCGAUAGUGAUCCGGUAGAAAGGAUAACUGCUGAUCAUGCUGCUGCUACUACUUUGGGUAAAGAAGCGCGUCGCUGGUCGACGAGAAUUGCUCGUGAAGUUGCUAGUAUAAGAGAAAAUAAUCGAAAAUUACAAGUACUUCAGCAGCUUAAAGAAUCUGGACAGAAGACUGAUCCUAGUGAUCCAAAUGGGCCUGACGUAGAUACUAAAAUAGAUGAAUUGAAACAUAGUAUUCGACGAGCAGAGACUGCAAAAUUGAAAGCAGAAGCAAGAAUAGAAUGUCUCCGACAUGGUGGAGUGAACGUCGACGAAUGGCUUCAAGAAGCUGAAACGUUGAGUGUCCAAGACAUGCCAAGAUCUGCAAGUUCUUUGUCAGUUAGGACUGAUGCAUCUGGUGCAGGGCAGGAAAAUCCUUCCUCUGAUUCAUUCUACGAUAGUGAUGGUGAUGGUGGUAGUGAUUUAACAACUGUAGAAAGACCGGGUACACGUAAUGCAAUGCAACAAGAGGAAGAGGUUGCAGAAGAAAGACAGAGGCAUGAUAGUGAUGAAGUUGAUGCUUUACUUGAGCAAGAGAAACAACGGAUAGAACAGUUAACUGCUGGUUGGGAUGACCCAACAUCUGUUGAUUGGGCAAAUGAAGAAAAAGAUGAACAAGUUGAAUCUCAAGAACCUCCUGCUCCUGUUCAACAAAUAUACAAAUGCACCGCACUAUAUUCGUACACGGCACAAAACCCAGACGAGUUGUCGAUUGUCGAAAGCGAACAACUCGAUGUUGUUGGCGAAGGUGACGGAGAUGGUUGGUUGAGGGCUCGAAAUUAUCGCGGGGAAGAGGGUUACGUACCACAAAAUUAUUUGGAUGUUGAAAGAGAACAGGAUACAACGUCUGGUCUUUCUUCUCAAGGACCAGGCCUUGUCCAACAAAUUUCAUUCUCUUCUGUUGAUUAUACUAUUGAUGAUCAUGAUGCUGUUGAUCCUGAUGCUAAUUUGCAACCUGCUACAGAACAACAACAACAACAACAACAACCGGAGGCCAUUGUGCAGAAUCAUAUAAAUGUUGUAGAUCUUGAACAAUAUUGUAUCGCUCUUUACGAUUACGAUGCAACUUGCGAGGAAGAACUUAGCUUUCUUGAAGGUGAUAUCGUCAAAGUACUUAGGAAAGAACCCCAUGAUGUUGAUGAUGGCUGGUGGGAAGGAGAACUACGAGGAUCCCGAGGAUUAUUCCCAUCUCUCGUUGUCGAACCAUGUGCCCCUGAUGGUUCACCUUUGACUCCUCAGGACGAUAUGACACCCCCUAGUUCUGCUCCACCUGUCUUUACACCACCCGAAGUGCCGGAAUUCUUGCUGGAACAAGAAGCCGCACAAUUUAUCGCUAAUGAACUUACCGAUGGCAAAGUUGAAGAAAACGAAGAACAAAGUGGUUUUGCAAUAAAUUUAACGAGAGGUCAAAAGGAACAUUAUGGUUCGCAAUUUGAUGAGGACGAAACAACCGAAGCAGCACCAGGGAUAGUAGUUGUGGAAGUAUCCGAAGAUGUGGAUGAUAAGACAACUACUGGCGAAAACGAGAAACAAUUAUCGGAAAAAGUUACGGAGAAUACUGGAGAAAAUGGCAAGGAAGAGUUUGGUUUGGGUGUAGCACAAAUUGUUAUUACAGCGGCAACUCCAAUGGAAGAAGUUGAACAUCCAUUUCCUGGUGUAAAUGAGAACACAGAUGAUACAGUUAAAUCAACAGAAGUUUCUGACGGAAGUUCUGAAGCGGAUUUGCCGUCAAGCGUUACCCCAGAUAUCAAUGAAAGCGACUGCAAAGAAGCAACUGUCAUUAUGAACGAACAUGAUGAAGUUACUGAGGUUACUGAAGUUACUGAAGUUACUGAAGUUACUGAAGUUACAGAAGUUCCCGAGGAUAUAGAAGAGAAAUCAACGAUCGAUGAUUUGCCAGCCGAUUCGGCGCCAUUUCCAUUGAGUAGUAGUUCUGGUAGCGAAGCAGAUUCAACGUCCGGUCCGAGUACGGCAGAUAAUUCUCAGUCAAUUCCGUCGCGAGGCACUGUGAUAGAUGCACAGGAAGCUGAAGAGAUAGCAAUUAUACUUGAAAAGGUAGUUUGCGGUGGGAGGGCAAGUAUUCCCGACGAAUUACAACCUGACCAACUAGAAAAGCUUCAAAAUUUAAAAGAAUCGAAUGCCUAGGAAUGACUAUACCUCGGAGAUGAUACCGACUAUCCUGCCUUAACGAAUAAAUGGGCUCUUCCAAAGAAUCAUCAGAACAAGUUCCAGCAUUUGUUGGAGUUUUGGAAAUCUCCCGAGGUUAUUGGGAAAAAAGACUAAUGAAUUAACCAAACAACCGAAGAUUUUUAUGUUAAUACAACGUACACAAAUCUUUUGCUAGGCAACACUCUAGUAACAUAUGUAAACCAAGAAGUUGCGACUUUUGCAAUUUGCGAGGCAUCUAUGUACAGUUGUAAGGUAACAAAAAGAAUUGUCGAUACCUGUAAUAGAAAAUCUUUUGGUGGUUCAUGUACAUUAUAAGAGAAUACAAUGGUGUUGCAUGUA